AUGGCAAAUGGUCAGCCAGACAAUUGGGAGGAUGCGAUGCGGGACGAAGAUCUUUCGAAUCAGACCCAACAGCAGAUGAAUCUUCAGAACAAUAACGGACGAAACAACAACUUUCAGCCUGGCAUUCCAACAUUCACGCCGGGUGCGCAAAGCUUCACACCUGGGCAGUCAUAUCAACAAUAUGGAUAUGGCCAACAGCAACAGGGCUAUGGUGGCUAUCAACAGUACGGCCAGCAGCAGGGCUACGGUGGAUAUCAACAAUACGAUUACUCUCAGUCCCAGUCCCAGUACCAACAACAACGAAACCAGCAACAACCGCAGCAGCAGCAACAACAACAGCAACAGCAACCACAGCAGCAAGCCUACGUACCGCCGGCUCAGCGACAACAAGCUCCCAUGAUCGCCAAGCGAGGUGAGGCACUGCCCACAACGAAGCCAGCAGCGGCCCCUGCGGCGAAUACCAGUAGCGGUCCUGCACCAGUCAAGACGCUCUCUCUGAGCGCAUCAGACACGGGCAUCGCUCCCAAAGUCGAGAAGGCAGUGGGCGGCGCGAAAGUCCUGUCUCUCGGCGCCGUUGCACCCACUCCUGCCUCCGCUUCAGCUAAGGAGUCCGCCAAGACGAAAGAAGCAGUUAACAAAUCAGAGCCUGAGGCUGGAUCCAAAGCUGCCGCCGCCAAAGCGAUUGAGAAGACCGGAGAGCCUACACCCGCAUCCGCCGCGACCACUGGUAACACUUCGCCAACUCCGUCUGGACGAUCUUCGCCUUCUCGCGCGGAACAGAAAAUUGAACAGCGCAAAGCUGAUGCUGUCGCUGCAGAGCAAGCUGCUGAGGUUGACGAUGAGGCCCUUGAGGAGAUGUACGGCAAGGAGCAUGUCAACGUAAUUUUCUUGGGACACGUUGAUGCGGGCAAGAGUACGCUUGGUGGAUCCAUCUUGUAUGCCACCGGUAUGGUGGAUGAGCGAACUAUGGACAAAUACAAGCGAGAUGCCAAGGAUCUUGGUCGUGAGUCGUGGUAUCUUUCAUGGGCGCUCGACCAGACGAAAGAGGAGCGCGCUAAGGGCAAGACGGUCGAGGUUGGUCGAGGAUUUUUCGAGACUGAGAAGCGAAGAUACUCCAUUUUGGAUGCACCUGGUCACAAGACUUAUGUACCCAACAUGGUGCAAGGUGCGUCGCAGGCCGACGUAGGUGUCCUCGUCAUCUCGGCGCGCAAGGGUGAGUAUGAGACUGGUUUCGAAAAAGGUGGACAGACACGAGAGCACGCCAUGCUUGCUAAAACGCAGGGCAUUAACAAGCUUAUCGUGGCUGUCAAUAAGAUGGACGAUCCGACCGUAGAAUGGUCAGAGGAGCGUUACAAGGAAUGCACGGGCAAACUCACGCUUUUCCUGAAGGGUCUGGGUUACAACCCGAAGACCGAUCUGCACUUCAUGCCCAUAGCAGCACAAGUGGCCAUGGGUAUUAAAGAUCGUGUGCCUAAGAACCUUGCUCCCUGGUAUGAUGACGUUUCGCUGUUGGAGUACCUCGAUGGCAUGCAGACGCUCGAGCGCAAGACCAAGGCGCCUUUCAUGAUGCCCAUCGCUGCCAAGUACAGGGACAUGGGUACCAUGAUCGACGGCAAGAUCGAAGCUGGAAUUCUCAAGAAAGAAAACAAGUACCUCAUGAUGCCCAACAGGGCCGAGAUUCAGAUCAGUGCCUUGUACGGUGAGACGGAAGAAGAAAUCACUCGUGCCAACUGUGGAGAACAGGUGCGCCUACGCAUCAAAGGUGCUGAAGAGGAAGAUAUCUUCCCGGGCUUCGUCUUGUGUUCACCACUCCGUCCAGUCCACUGCGUGACCGCUUUCGAGGCUCAGAUCCGUCUGCUGGAAUUGAAGUCUAUCCUUUCCGCCGGUUUCAACUGUGUGCUCCAUGUUCACUCGGCGACUGAGGAGGUGACUUUCGCAGCAUUAUUGCACAAGCUGGAGCCAAAGACAAACCGAAAGUCAAAGAAGCCUCCAGGCUUCGCCAAGGCCGGUAUGAACAUCAUUGCGCGAUUGGAGAUCACCGGAGGAGCAGGGUCCGUAUGUGUGGAGCGCUUCGAGGACUACCCGCAACUCGGUCGUUUCACACUGAGAGAUCAGGGACAGACCAUCGCCAUCGGAAAGAUCACGAAGCUGAUCACUGACGCGGAGGGUGGCACAAGCGCGGCUUAA